AUGGAAGAAGCACGAGCACACAAUGCGGAGCGAGGAAGCAGUUCGAAAUCAGCCCUAACGGCGAGACACAGGACAGCAGAAGGUCGUGACCCAGCUUCUUCCAGAGCACGUCAGCCUCAACCCGGCGCGUGGGAGUAUGCGAUCUCUUUCAAGGCUUAUGCUCGGUUGAGCCAUUGGAGGCUUUCGGUAUGCCUUCUUGCGAGAAUGCCCGCCGACCGUGUCGACCCUGAUCCCAUAUGUUUCCGGACAAUCGCCGACAGCUGCUGCAACAUCAAUCUUUGGGCAGGAGCUCUUGCAGCUUUAUCUUCAAUGGAAUCGAAAUGUGGAGCCGUGCUUGGGGAUGAGGUCAGUGCAAAGUCAGUCAUGCGAGCGUGGAGGGCAGGUUCAGGGUGGGCCAAGGCCCAGCUUCUACUGGACGCGUUCCACGUGACUUCUCUGAGACAGGACAUCAGGGCAUGCAAUACUGCGAUAGAUGCAGCUGGUGCUGCCAGCCAGUGGAGCCGAGCCGCGAUGCUGCUGCACUGCCUCGUUGAGCGCCACCUCGAGGCCAGCGAAGUUUCCUACAACUCCUUAUGCCGCGUUGCAGGCGAAGCUCACUGGAAGGUGGCGCUUGAAUAUGCCGGGAAGAGCAGCAGGGACUGCUUGAGGAGGGAUGUGGUUGGUGUCAACUCCCUGUUGGAGAGCUUCACCUGGAAUCGUAGCCUCCAUGAGCUUAUCACUGCGCGGAUGCGGGGCACACCCCUCGACACGGUCAGCUACAACUCUGCAGCCUCGGCAGCCUCGGCAGCAGUGCAUGCGAAGUCUGCGACGUCUGCGUGGGCCUCUGCCCUCCAGACGCUUUCACGGAUCAAAGUCUCAGCUCUGGUUCCGGAUGCCUUCACCCUCAACUUCAGCAUCAGAGCUCGCACUUGCGCUCUCUCGCGCAGCUCGGAGAGCUCGGAGAGCUGGAGCUCAGCCUUGGAGCUCCUCGCCGAGGUCCGCGACGCGCAGCUUCGGCUCGGAACCAUGAUCUACCUUGCCGGCUUUCGCGCGUGCAGGACCGAGCCAUCCUGGUCCGUCGCGCUUGCGCUCCUGGAGCGUUGGAGCCAGAGCUGCCCUGGGGAUGGCUCCUUGAAGGUGCGCGACGCCUUCGACAGAUGUGGAAGUUGGAGACGAGCACUACUGCAAAGAGGAAGCGAAGGAUCGAGAUGGCAGAUAUGGCAGCUGGCCAUCUCACGUCUUGACAGCAGGCAGGACUACGCGAUGGCCCUCAUGGCUUGUGAUGCUGCGAAUUGGGAAGAUGCGGUGGGCCUGAUAAGCCUGCUCCAAGCGGCGAAGGGUCUUGUCCCGGAUCUGGUCAGUUGCUGGGAUGGCACACUGAUGCUGUAA